ACUGGCAAAGGGCAACGACAAGUCCUCUUCUCCUGGCCAAUCCUAUUAAAGGGUGGGCUUGGCUCAUAAACCAAUCAAAGACCCCUAAGAGGGCGGUGUUUUCUUCGGCUUGGAUCCCGGCCUGGGGGAAUAAAACUAGUGUUUCCAACUCCAGCCAAUCCCAGGGAAGGCAGGAGGGCACUCCUCCAAUGGGAACCCGAGAGCGGUCAGUAGCUGUGGAGGCCUGCUAACCCGCUCGUUCUCCAGCCGACUGGAGAGACGCGUUCAGUGUUCACUAGAUCCAGCCGUCGGUCCUUCGAAUCUGCUCGCGCUCGGCAGCGGCGACGCGGAUGGCAGGAGGUGUCUGGUCAGCAGGUUGCUGAGGAUCCUGCGGGUAGCAAAGGGAGGGCGAGUGCCCCUGCAGCCCCAGACAGCAACCAGUUUUGAGGCAUACUAUAGAAUGUCCCUCAGUUUGGAUUUGUCUGAAGUUUUCCUCAUAAUUAGCCUGGGGUUGUUUUUGGAAGGAAUACCGUAGAGUUGAAGUGCCUUUUUCAUCACAUUAUAUCAGAGAACACGCAUCACUGUUAGAACCAUCACCCUGCAGCUAGCUUGGACACCAUUAAAAGAGCUCAUCAGCUGCAAACGGAUAGAAGUUUCUGUUAUUCACGAAGACACAGUUUCAGGGCUUCUACCUGGAGCUACCCACCCUCCAGAAGCCCCUGCUUGGCCUCCCUGCACCCAACCCCACACCAAUCAGUCACAACUUGGGCUGUGUGUGGUGUUUCUUGGCAACUGGAACGCAGACUCCUCCAGCAGCUCCACAGGUCCCCUGUCCUCAGUGAGCAGAAGACUACAGAAGCUGGCUGCUGAAGAGGCUGUCCAAGUGAGAGAGCUCCUCCUUGGCCUUGCUUAUUAGCACACUGACCACAGAGCAUUAACUGAGUGCUGGAUGUUAUUCACUCGUGCUCCCUACCUCCAGGGACUGUAGAGGGAUUUUCCAGGCCCCACUUCACAGGGGGCCGCCCUGUAAGGAUCUCCCUAGGAGGCUGUCCAUAGAGAGAAGUGGCCUGCCUAGGGUCUCCACUGCCUUAAGUCCUACGUGGACACCUCCAGGGCUGAGGGGCUCAAUAGCUUUUCACCUACCUGUAAUCAGCUGGAAAAUUCUGCCUCCUAUUUUGUUGUUGUUGUUGUUGUUGUUGUUCUUGUGUUUGUUUUUUGGUAGGAAGAGUUUUAAUUGCUUCUUCAGUUCCUCCAGCCAUUAGAGGGCUAUUCAGGAUUUUGUUUUCCUUCUUGAGUCCAUUUUGAUAAGUUAUCAAUUUCUAGGAAUCGGUCCAUUUUAUCUGCAUUCUCAAAUUUAUUGGCAAAAAGUUCUCUUUUGAAAGAUCCCCUGCUGUAUAUAAUCUGUAAUCAUGUCUCCUUUUUCAUUGCUGAUAUUGGUUAUUUGUGCCUUCUCCCUGUUUUUCUUAAUCAAUCUCACCAGAGGUUUGUCUAUUUUAUUAGUCUUUUCGAAGAACCAGCUUUUGGCUCUGUUGCUCCUCUCUAUCGUGUCUUUGUUUUCUAUUUCUUUAAUUUCUGCUCUCAUCUUUUUUGAUCUCCUUCCCUCCACAUUUUUUGGAUUUAUUCUGUUGUUCUUUUUCUGAUUUCUUAUGUUGGACAUGGAGCACAUUCAUUUUCAGCCUUUCUUGUUUCAUAACGUGUGCAUUUAAGGAUAGAAAUUUCCUUCCAAAUACUACUUUUCUAUACAUUCAGACAUGUCGUAUUUCAUUAUUGUUCGAUUCCCAGUACUUCAGCAUUUCCAUCAUGGUUACUUAUUUGGUGAGUUAUAUAGAAGUGUGUUUAUAAAUUUCUAAAAGUAUGGGGAAUUUUUAAUGUAUCUUUUUGUUAUUGAAAUCUGUCUUAAUUGCAUUAUGGUCUGAGUAUGUGGUCUGUGUCAUGACAAUUCUUUGAAAUUUAUUGAGACUUGUUUUAUGGUUUAGUACAUGAUCAAUAUUUUUGAAUAUUUCCUAUGUGCUUUAUAAGAUGUAUGUUCUCUAAUUGUUGAACACAGAGUUCUACAUAUGUCUAUUAUCAAGUUUGUUAAUUGUAUUAUUCAAAUUUUCUAUAUCUACACUGAGUUUUUGGUCAUGCUAUGCCAGUAAUUGUAAGAAGUGUGUUAAUUUUCAACUAUGGUGGUGGAUUUGUCAUCUGCUUCUCCUUAUAGUUCUUUUUUAAAAUUUUAUAUUUUUUGAGGAUAUUUUAUUAGGAAUAUUCAAAUGAAGAAUUAUUAUACAUUCCUGGUAAAUAUGUAAUGACCCUCUCUAUUCUCGAUAAUGUAUUUUUUGAAGUCUAUCUUAUCUUACAUUAACACACGCUUUUCUUCUUGUUCGGAUUUGUGUGGUAUACAGUUUUCUAUCCUGUUAUUUUUCAACAUUGUCAUGCCCUUAUACUUUAAUUAUAUCUCUCGAAAAUAGCAUAUAGCUGGACCCUUUAAAAAAUCGAAUCUGAUGUUCUCUUUUAAUGGACAAGUUUACUCUGUGUUUUCUAUGAUAUGUUUGGACUUGUUUGUACUUUUUUAUUUCUGUUUCCUACCACUGCCUUUUCUAUGCUUCAUUUAUCUCUUGCCUGUUUUCUUUAGUUUUGAGAUUUACUUAUUUGCUUUCUUACUCAAUUUUGUCUUCUACUUUUUGGGAUUUACACAUUCUUUUUUUACCCACUUCUUUCUGUGGUUAUUCCUGAACUUUUAUCAUGUGUGUGUAACUUAUAAGGCCUAAAGUUAAAUCGCAUUUUCACCUCCCUCUUGAAGAAUGCAGGAACCUCACACCUGGUCCAUCCUCUCUUUGCCACAUGCUAUUGUCUUCAGUAUGUUAGUUUUUUCCUUUUUUUUUUUUUUUUUUUUUUUUUUGCUAACCUCACAAAUUGCACAUUGUCCUGAGUAUUAUUUUAUAUAGACAGUAUUUGUUUGGAUUUACAUGCAUACAUUCUUGCAUCUCAGACCAUGAUUCUGGGAUCCUUUCCUUUUAUCAUAAGCACAAUGUUUAGAUGCUCUCUUAGUACAGGUUUCGUGGUAUUAAAUUCUCCCAGGUGUUGUUAUAUGCAAAUGUCUGUAAUUUAUCCCCAUGCUUAAAAGAUGAUUUGUUACAGGUAUUUAGAAGUCUGCUGUCAGUCUAAUUGCUAUUUUUGGUAGGUGUUACUGUUUUCUUCUACUCUGGCCACUUUUAAGAAAUUCUCUGUCUCUGUCUCUGUCUCAGAGGGGGAUGUACAGGGGGCUAUGCAGUUUCAGUGUAACAUGUUUAGGCAUGUAUUUCUUUUUUAUUCUACUUUGGAAAUGUGAUUCAUGCUUUUGGAUUCAUGUUUUUUCAUAAUUUUAGAAAAUUCUCAGCCAUUAUCUUUUAAAAUAUUGCCUUUCUUCCAUUCUUUCUGUAUUUUCUUUCUCAGAAUCCAGUCAGUCAUAUUUUGGGCCUCAUUAUAUCUUCCAUAUCUCAUAAUGUCUCAUUGAUAUUUCCUAUUUCCUUAUCUUCCUGCACUUCAUUCUGGGCAGUUUCUUCAGAUUUAUCUUUAAGUUUACUGAUUCUCUCUUCAGCUAUAUCUGAUCUACUGUUUAAUCCAUCUACUGAGUUUUUUAUUUCAAUAGGUGCAUUUUUCAUUUGUACAAACUGCAUAUAUUUCACUUUCUAAUCUGCCUAGUCAUCCCUCAUAGUCUCUUUUUGCUUGCUUAUCUUUGUGGCUGCAUCUGUUAUUUUGAAAAACAUCUUAUAUACAUUUUUUGUUCAACCAACAAUCACUGUUGGCAUAAGUAUGGCAUUGUAAUUACUGUCCACAUCCAAACCACAUAGUACACUCUGAUUAUACAUCCUUUGUUGUUUUCCUAGUAAUUGUCUGUUUUUUUCUUUUGCCUAAUGUUAGAAUACCUAUUACUAAUUCUUUGAAAUUCCUUUUAAAUCCAUAUCAGAUCAUGUCUCUCUGUUCAAAGUUCUCCUGUGGCUCCCAGCUCCCUCAGAAUAAAACUUGAAGCCCUCACCAUGGCCCAAAAGUCUACAAAAUCUGGUCCCCAUCCUCUUUCUGACCUCAUAUCCUAUUAAUCUUACAAUUACUCACUCUUUUCCAGCACCCUGGUCUCCAUGUUCCUCAAACAUGUCAAGUACCCGCUCCUUUCAGAGCCUUUGUAUCUGCUGUUUUCACUGCCUGGAACACUCUUCUUUCCAGAUAAUCUCGUGAGUUUCCCACCCACUUCCAGUGUGCUUAAAUGUCACCUCCCUAGAGAAGCAUUCCCUGACUAGCACGUACAAACUAGUCCUGUUCACCAGUGUUUUCUAACUCUACUUGAUGUGUUAUGUUUUUGUACAAAACACUGACCACCACCUGAUAUAUUUUAUAUUUAUUUAUUGUGAUUAAUGUUUCCCUCUUCUCAGUAGACUGUAAGCUCCAUAAAGCAGGGCUUUGUUUUGUUCACUGUUGUAUCCCCAGUGCCAAGAAUAACAGUGCAUAGUAAUAUUUAGUAGACACUCAAUAAAUAUUUAUGGAAUAAACUGUA